AUCAAAAUAACCAUUGUGUCCAUUAUGAAUCUGGCCGGUAAAGUGGUGCUCAUAACUGGCGCUAGCAGUGGGAUCGGUGCGGCGGCCGCCCUCAAGUUCUCCCAGCUCGGUGCCUCCCUUGCGCUGAGCGGACGUAAGGUGGACAAUCUGAACGAGGUCGCUAAGCAGUGUACCGGAUUGGCACCGUUUGUUGUGGCUGGGGACAUCACGAAGGAAGCCGAUACGGAGCGUAUACUGAAGGCGACCAUCGAGAAGUAUGGCAAGCUGGACGUGCUGGUCAACAAUGCGGGCAUUAUUGAAACCGGUACCAUCGAGACGACCAGCCUGGAGCAGUUCGAUCGUGUGAUGAACACCAACAUCCGGUCGGUGUACCAUCUCACGAUGUUGGCCGUGCCGCAUCUGAUCAAAUCGCAGGGAAAUGUCGUGAACGUGUCCAGCGUGAACGGUAUCCGCUCGUUCCCGGGCGUGUUGGCGUACAACAUUUCGAAGAUUUCCGUCGAUCAGUUUACGCGCUGCGUUGCGCUCGAACUGGCGGCCAAGGGAGUGCGCGUGAACUGUGUUAAUCCGGGUGUAACGGUCACCAAUCUGCACAAGCGUGGCGGAAUGGACGAGCAGACGUAUGCCAAGUUUUUGGAGCAUUCCAAAAACACACACGCGAUGGGCCGGCCGGGACAAGCGUCGGAGGUGGCCGACGCUAUCGUCUUUCUGGCGAGUGACGCUUCGUCGUUCAUCACUGGCGCUAGCUUGCCGGUCGACGGUGGACGUCAUGCGAUGUGCCCUCGUUAA